UCGCGCAGCAGCAAGAGUGAGCGUUCCUCCGCCGCCUUACACUCGCGUGCGUCUUCAGGCUGGCGUGGUGGCGUUGCGGUGUUUGUUUUUGAAGCCCCGCACGCAUGUGGAGGUGUGCCUCUCUGUCCGAGCAGAGUGUUGCGGCUGGCGGCUUGUGUUCUGUAGGAGCAGCAGCCUUUGGACACGUGUGGCAUCACAGCGGUAGUUAACCAAGUCAAGUCAACAUGUCGGAGCUCCAGGAGGCGAAGAAGAGGAGCAAAAAGCGCUAUGGCGGGCUGAGGCAUAAAAGGUUUAAGGGCUCUCGCGAGCUGGAAGUGGGCAUGCAAGGUAUCCUUAUCACGUGCAACAUGAACGAGCGCAAGUGCACAUCCGAAGCCUACAGCCUGCUGAACGAGUACGCGGACGAGCUGUUCGGCCCCGAGGACCUUGCAGACACUGAAGAGAGCCCCAGUGAGGAAGAGGAGGAUGACGUGGAGGCUGCCCUGAAGAAGGAGGUGACGCAGAUCAAAUCGUCCACCCACCAGCGCCGCUUUAUGGCGCUGGAUAGUGGCGCCAAUAACGUCGUCUUCAUACACACGCACAACAUUGACCCAGAGAAGCUGGUCCACCACAUCCUGCAGGACCUGCGUGAGACAAAGAAGAAGAAGUCUCGUGUGAUCAUGCGCAUGUUGCCUGUGUGUGGAACAUGCAGGGCCUUCCCUGACGACAUGGAGAAGUUCAUGAGCUCGUUCCUAGAGCCAUGGUUCAAAUCACCUCAGCAGGCCUCCUACCAGAUCAGCUUCAAGUCUCGCAACAACAGUCACAGCAACAGAGAUGAUGUCAUCAAGGCGCUGGCUGGGUUAGUAGGUAAGAUGAACCCCAAGAACAAGGUGGACCUGACCAAUCCAGAGCUGACCAUCAUUGUGGAGAUUAUAAAGACCGUGUGCUGCGUCAGUGUCGUGCGGGACUACAUGCUCUUCAGGAAAUACAACCUGCAGGAAGUCACCAAGGGCUCACCCAAUCAGGAGCAAGGCCAACAGGAAGUUGUGAAGUGCGAGACCAAUGUGACAGCACAGCAGAAUCUGACAGAGAGCGGACGGAGUCAGGGAGGCUCUGAUGGGGAGAAAAGAGGAAGCGCGGAGGCGACCACUGUUGCCCACGACAAUGGGAGUAAAGAGGUGGAGCAAGAGUGAUGGACAGGUCUGAAAGUGUGUUGUCCUGUCCCCCAUAGCCUCCCAACACCUGCAGAUUGUAGGGGGUGGGGCAAGGCAGUACAGGGAUCAGGAACAGAACUUGUGAACACACACACCUUACAGAGUACUCUGUAUGUGUUUUUAUGUCAUUCGGAUCAAGUCCUGCUUGAAAUGGAUUUUAGGGUGAUCUCGCCACUAAUCCUGUAAUGUAUACUAAAAAGAGACUUGAAAGCGAACAGUAUGGUUUAGGUUUUUAUGUCAGGAAAGUUAGUUUGGUUUUGAAUAAAUUUCUGUUAGGAGUGUGUGUAGCGUUUAGUUUAUUAUUACUGAAAGAGCCUCCCAUGCUACUGUUUGAUUUUGUUAUACAUGCAGUGGCCCCUUGUGCGGAAGGGCUGUUUUCAUUUCUUUUACUGCAUCAGUUUUAAUUCUUAUUUUUAAAAGAAAAUCUUUUGUAAAAUAGUUGGAUUACGAUUAUGAUGUUGGCAGUGAAGUCCUUUCCUCCCUUCAUCCAAAAUAAACAUGCUGCCAUGUCCAGUCUUA